AAGCCGGACAUACACUUGUUGCUCAGAGUGUGAUGGGCCCUCCUGUAAAUGGCGCCCCCCUCUCUUUAUAACGCGCUCCCGGUAAUGACAGCACACAGCAGUGAGGAGGCGGCGUAUCCCCAUAGGAGCCACGGCUGUAAGGAGAGAAAGGAGAUCGCGUGUUCACCAGAUCUACGAUCACCGGAGGAUAUGCGGAAUACACAGUCGCCUGCGAGGAUAUGGUUUACCAUCUCCCCGACCAUCUGAACUUUAAGCAAGGAGCUGCUCUGGCUAUCCCAUACUUCACUGCCUACAGGGCACUGUUUCAGAAAGCACACGCCAAACCAGGAGAGCUGAUCCUCAUCCAUGGCGCCAGCGGGGGAGUAGGAAUCGCAGCUUGUCAGCUCGCCAGGGCCUAUGGAUUCAAGGUGUUUGGCACUGCUGGCACCCCCAAAGGAUUAAAUGUGGUUAUGCAAAAUGGAGCCCACAAAGUGUUCAACCACAGGGAGAAGGAUUACAUCGAGAAGAUCCAGGAGGCCGCAGGAGGAGAAGGGGUCGAUGUUAUCCUGGAGAUGUUGGCCAAUUGUAACCUCUGCAAUGACCUGAAACUCCUAUCCUAUGGAGGUCGUGUGGUUGUUCUUGGCAGCCAAGGUUCAGUUGACAUCAACCCCACUGACAUCAUUGCCAAGGAGACCAGCAUCAUCGGACAUUCACUCUACAGCUCCACCAAGGAGGAGUGGAAGGAGGCCAGAGCUGCUAUCUUUGGAGGAAUGGAGAGCGGAUGGCUAAAACCACUCAUCGGACCUGAGUAUCCAUUGGAGAAGGCAUCUCAGGCCCAUGAAGACCUGACCCAGGACAGCGGCGCCACCGGCAAGAUGGUCCUUGUGCUCUGAGCUAUGAUCGGUUCUCUCAUUGGCCGUGAUUAUAAAUCCCAGAUCUGCAAAUCCUGAUCGCUGAUAAUUCUUGGGCGGGAUCAGUCACUGCAUUAUAUAUCCGCUCUCGAUGUUUGAUUUCGCUAUAUUCUCAUGAGAACGUGUUAUAGAAUUUAAAAAAAAGGAAAAAAAAACUUUAAAAAAUAAAUGUCAGUUCUAACAUAA